AUGGGGGCGGCCAUCAAGGGGCCCGUGUACCUGCAACGCCUGCAGCACCUGCCUGCAGCGGCUGGCGGCUCACGGCACGGCGCGGUGCGACGACGAGGCCGGCAGCCGGUGCGAGGUGCUCUGCGGCAAGGGGCACCGAGCGAGGACGGGCAGCAGCCCGCGGCGGACGGGGACCCGCAUCAGGCGGGAGUGACCCGCGUGGAGGGCCAGGGGGAUGAGCGCGUUGCCCGCCGGCCCGUCGACUGCGGCGUCCCGAGUUGGCACCUCGUGUACCACGCCCACUUCAGCUACCCCCACGGGACGAGCUACGGUGCCCGCACCACCUUCGUCUGCCUCCCACCCGCCAAACUGCAAGGUGCGAGCGCAGAGCUGCGGUGCCAGGAGGACGGACUGUGGUCCCUGCCGGAGGCGUACUGCCAGCUGACGUGCCGGGCCCCGCCGCCCAUGGCCAACGCCGUGGCGCGCACCGACCGCUGCAAACACGACGGACAGGAGGUCGGCUCCUCCUGCAAGUAUCGCUGCGAGCCGGGACACCACGUGCCGCUCACCAGUCGCAAGGGGUUCAAGGUGAGGUGCACGGACAGUGGCCACUGGGAGGAGGGCGGCUGCGUGCCCGUGCAGUGCCCCCCGCUGCCGCCAGUGCUGCACGGCUCCUACACGUGCACGCAGCGCUGGCAGCUCGGCUCCCGCUGCUGGGUCAACUGCAGCACCGCCAGCGCCAGCAAG